CCCAAGAAGAAGGGAGCUGUGACUUGGGAGUGAAAACAAUGGUUUCUUCAACAAGACUGGUGCUGAGGAAAAGGACCCAAGCUCCCAUCCCAGUUUCCGUAUUACCCGGAUCUAAAAAGAGAUCCAGAUCAAAGAAAGGAGGAGCAGAAGAACAAGAAGAUUACAGCAAUGUGUGCUGCGAGAAAUGUGGGUCUGGUGAGGAUGCUGACGAGCUUCUGUUAUGUGACAAAUGUGAUCGUGGGUUUCACCUAUUUUGCCUCAGGCCUAUCAUCGCAUCCGUCCCUAAACGCUCCUGGUUUUGUCCCUCUUGCUCCAAUAACAAAAGGCUCACCACUUUUCCUCUUGUACAAACGAAAAUUGUAGAUUUCUUUCGGAUUCAGAGGUCUUCACUAUCAGCUGAAGCACCUGGUCAAGACGGCAGAAAGAGAAGAAAGCGCACUGGCAGCAGUUUAGUCAUGUCAAAGAAAAGAAGGAAGCUGUUGCCUUUCAAUCCCAGCGAGGAUCCUGCAAGGAGAUUGGAGCAAAUGGCAUCGCUGGCCACAGCAUUGAUAGCAACAGGGACAGAAUUCAGUAAUGAGCUCACUUACAUGCCUGGGAUGGCCCCAAGAUCUGCCAAUCUUGCUAAACAUGAACGAGAAGGAAUGCAGGUUAUAUCCAAGGAAGAUAGCCAGACCUUGAAUUUGUGCAAGGCUAUGAUGCGAAGAGGGGAAUGGCCUCCCCUUAUGGUUGUGUUUGAUUCUUUAGAAGGAUUCACCGUGGAAGCAGAUAGAUUUAUAAGGGAUUUGACAAUCAUUACGGAGUAUGUUGGGGAUGUUGAUUACUUGAAAAAUAGAGAAAACGAUGAAGGUGAUAGCAUGAUGACCCUUCUUUCUGCAGCCGAUCCAUCAAAAAGCCUCGUAAUCUGUCCGGACAAGCGUAGUAAUAUUGCUCGCUUUAUUAAUGGCAUCAACAAUCACACACCGGAUGGCAAGAAGAAGCAGAAUGUAAAAUGCGUGAGAUAUGAUGUGAAUGGAGAGUGUCGGGUCUUACUGAUUGCGAGCAGAGAUAUAGCAAAAGGGGAGAGGUUGUACUACGAUUACAAUGGCUACGAACAUGAAUACCCGACAGAGCACUUUGUCUGACUUCCCACCAUCAACUGCUUUUCAACUCAACCUCCUCCCGUUCGUCUGAUUUACUCAAGAUGGAAAUAUGAUGAUUUUUCCAACCAAACAUGCAUCCAGUCACCAGUUAAAUUGCGCAAUCUUGCUUUUCAGAUUUUUCAAAGAAGGAAGGGGACCGGCGAUGAAGAAGAUGAGGAAAAGGGGCGGUGAAAACGCACUUGGGUGAAAAGUGUGGAGCAGCGUUUACCGAUCCCCCCCAGGGUGGGAAAUGGUUACUUUAAUAGACAGAAAAUCUUUUUGCUGGGAUGGAAGCUCGACUCUUUGUUUUGGUCUUCUCUUUUCUGUGCAAGUGCGCUCUUGCACAGGUUGAAGUGGCCGGCCUAAGUCUAGGACCUGGGUAGGUUUUGAAAUUUUCCCUACUCAGGAAUGAGCCAAUAUUAUUGAGAGAUUAGGAGAAGUCAUGGGAGGAUGCCGUGCGGUCCUAGUUCAGUUUGGCGGGGGGCAACUUUGAUGAAGCGCGCAAUUUUGCAGCAAAACAUUCUGCUUCUGACAAUCCAUGGAAUGGAAACAAAAAAAUGUUAGGUGUC